GUCGCUGUUGGCUGGCUAGGGGAAUGGCGAUGCUAUCGAAAAUUGUCUUAUUUCUUUCCAGAACUAGUGUUGUUACCUUCAUUUCUAAGACAGAAGGUUGGUAAAUUUAGUUAGCAGAUUGGGCUUGUAGCGGUCAAAGGUGAUUCAAGGGCUAGCAACUACACUCAUUGGAAGCUUGUUACAUGAUAUGUGGGAAGAUGAAAAAGUUUUGAAUGAGCGUGUUUUCUACAGUAAAGUUUCCUCUUCUUUUCACGCCACAUACCAAUCUUGUCACCCAACAAUCUGGCACUGUCAAUCAAACCUGAUCAAAUUAACUACGUCAAACUUCACUGACUGAGCUUCGCGGCGACCCACAGUUGUUUUCGAAUGGUACAUGUUUCUAUUUGAUGCCGGCGAAAAUACCACAAGAUUCAUGUAGGAAACAAGACUAUACAACCUUGAAAUUCAACGGCAAGUCUAAAGGUAAUACCGAUAAAAGACGCUAUGCAAGACUCAAGGCAUUCCUAUCUUCCCAGCAUCGUUGUAAUGUUAUUUCUCACGAGAUUAGGGGCCUCACAGAACGUAGACAAUGAUGUUGCCUCAGAAACCAUGCCUGGUCCCAAUAACAAAGAAGCUGAUGACUUUUUAAAAGGGCUUUUGCAAAAGCCCAACUCCAAAGGAAGUCCCAAAUACCAUAUGUCAUCAGCUGAUGAGUUGAAUGAAGUGGUCAACACAAGAUUCAGGAAAGAAAUGGUUGUGUUGUUCUCAAGGCUUUCUGAGACUUACCAAUGUAAAAUACUUUCGGCUGUGCAGAAAAAAACACACUGUAGUAUGCCAUCUCUCAUUAAACCUCUUUCCAACCUGACAGAGAUGAAGCAUCCUGUAAAUGUCAGCUGUCUUCUCAAGGGAAAAAUGAAACUGAAGGAAUGUAGCUUUGCUCAUAAAACUUUCAUUGGUGAUGUCUUCAGCCACAAGCUUUUGGAUUUCUUUGCAUCACUUCCGGCUGCUUUUAAAUGCCAUGUUAUUAACACCAUUGCAUUGGCAUACAACAAGCAGCGUAGACGACAUCUUGCAUCUUCCAUCUCUGUCAGUCAAGUUCAAAAAGCUCUAGAGGACAUCUUUCCAUCUGUUACACUGGGGAACACUUGUGCCAAUAUAGAAAUGGAUCACUUAAUACCAUCAAUUCCUCCAGUCAAUAUCACAGUGAAUAUGGCAGGCAUUGAGAGGGAGUCCUGGCUAAAGCAUUUCUCAAAGACAGGUCCUGAUAUCUACAAGGCAUUCCUAGGGUAUGACUGGGAGACUCGACGAGGAAAAAUGCUCGGUUCUCCAAGCACUGCUAAAUAUUUAGCAGAGAAGACAGAAGAGAUAAACAGUGCUCAGCUUUCCAUUGUAGGAAAAGAUGGUCAUGAUGUAGCUUUUUCAGUACUGGUUUUAUUAAAAGUGAAGAGGAAGCAAUCCGAGCGAUUGCGUGAGAUACGGUCAACUUACAAGAUUGUACAGGCUUUAAAAACAAAGACUGAGGAUGAGCUACAGGAAAUUUUCAAUGCAACCAUCAUUAACAUUGGUUUAAGUGGACAGAAGUCUAACAUAACCAAAACCUCAUCAAAAACCAACACUUGGACACUGAAUCAAGUUAGCAAAGCAAAGCGUUUGUUUCCAGUUCACUUGUCUGGAUAUUACAAGGAACUGAGUAAAGCAGCAAGGUGUUUCAUCGUGCUUUACAUGUCACAUCAAAUCAAGAAGAGUCCCCAAGAAGCUGAAAUGUUCUAUGUCUCUUUGAGGCUUAUAUCAAGGAAGCACACAUGUUAUUAUACUUGGAGAAAAGGCCCUACUGAUGAUCCUGGCAGCAUAAUACCUGAGCGUUUUACUGCAAAAGUGACGCAGGCUCCAGUCUCGAAUAGCACAGGAAUACCAACAAAUGCCACAAUUAGCACUCUUAGUGCGAAUACCGUUAAUGAUGUUUCUGUCGCUAAGGUCCAUACAGAUGACUUCUCUUCUUUGGAAAUUGUACUUUUUGCACUGCUAGGAUUUCUUUGUUUUUCUGUUUUGGCGUUUACAGUUAACUGUGUAUUAAUGGCUGUCAGAGCGAAUGGAAGAUUUCAAAAGAAUGGUGCUGCAAAAACUGUGCUUCCAACUGGGAUGAGUCAUGAAGAUGGUACAAGCCAUGGUGGAAAUGGUUCUUCUCGGAUUUCUGAAAAGAAAGAGAGUUCUCAUCUUCCUGUUGCAGUGGAAACUAAAACAGGCCUUGGCAAGAUUUGUAAAAGUUUGCAGUGUGUUUCUCUUUCAGCAUCACAGAAAGCUAAUGACAGACUCAAAGUAAGAACUUGUUUAUCUCAAAGCUGUCCUAGUGCUCAAAACACCUCAGAAAAUAGAACAAACCCUAGGAUUCGCUCAGAAAAUGCGUAUUGUGUGGGUUAUUCAGCAAAAUCAAAAACAUUCAAGACAUUAUCAAGUGUAGAAAGAGACAGAGAAAGGAAAGACUCUUCAUCAGAAUCAGAGAGAAGGUCCUUGAAGUGUGACACUCAAAGCUCCAAGAGAGAGCUUGAUAUUCACAGUACGAAGGACAAUGACAGAAUUUUAGAGUCGCAAGGUAGAGCCAUAAGUUACUGUAGUAUAUCUGAUGCAAGUUGCAGAGGACAGCCACCUUGUGUUACACAAAGUGGUUGCCUGCCAUCAGAACAAUCCCAUGAAACAGUUGUUGUUUUGUUAGAUUAUGCAGGAUUGAAGGAAGCACAGGUCUGACCCUGGCUGGCCCCAGCCGGACUGUCACUGCUGGAAUCAUUGCUAUAUUUAAUGAGAUUGUUGAAAUAUAAAUUUAAUUAUUUAAUUAUAACGUACUUGACCUUGUUGGUACAAUUAAGGAAAGCUGCCAGACCUUUUUAUCCAACAGAUGUAUACUCUUUUGAAGGUCAAAUUGGUCCUAAAUGUUUUUUUUAACUUCAAUGUGGCAAGAUUUUUACUCAGUGCGUGGGCCUUUAGUUCAUUAUCUUAGAAUGAAUGAGGUGAGUUUCAUUUGCACAAAAAGUUCUCUGUGGAUCCAACAAUAUGACUUUAUUGACAAGCAAGAAAGAAAAUAAUUUAAAAACUUGUCACUACUUUACUCAAUGGCCAAUUCUUUGUUUGGAAAUUGUUUCCCCAAUUAAGGCCAAGAAUAGUUAAAUUUAUUACCCUCUUGCAAAGAAGCUUCUGAUUGGUCUUAGAGUAUUGUAUAAUAUCCAUUACAUUAUAUCUCCAUGUAAGGUUUUGGUCUGAGAAUGAUCAACAGGGGGGAGGGGUGGGGUAGAGAGCCAUGAGCUUCACCUCCAUCACCCACCUCUUCCUUUCUUGACAUCACCUGUCAGAUCUCAAGGUAAUAUUUAAUUUUUUUUUAUUUGUAAACCAAAGGAAUGUUUAAAAUGUAUUAUCAGUAAAGUUUUAGUAAUUGUUGUGAAACUUUUUUUAAAUACUAAAUGUUUAUUCAGAACUCCAAGACCAUCUCUAGUGAUUGUCUCCCACACUAUUCUGCCAUUCUUGGUGGCAGCAGCAUUCCAUUACAAGCCAGCUGUUGUUUUACUUGUUUGUACCAGCCAAAUUUAGUAAACCACGGCAAUAACAAGCCAUUUUUUCAUCCGGUAUGGAUUAGGGAAGAUUUAGUCUAAUUUGGUUUUAUUUUUUUCUGCAAUCAGCUACAAUCACCUUUACUUCUCUUCAUUAACUUUUUUUUGUUUUCUUGGAUUGUUAUCUUCUCUUGGAUUAUUAUUUCUAGUAAAUGUAGCCAGUAUGGCCCCUUGCACUUG